AUGCGGGCACGGCGCGCAGUUAGUGCAGAUAGUAUCGGAAACCGGAAGACGCACUGUAAGAGAAGUAUGGGAAAGGUGCUGCCACGUCCGACGACGUUGACCCUAUGGGUUUGUGUGACGCUCUUGUCAGCGGUUACGUCAGGUGAACACGAUGUAACUGCAGCAGGACAACAGGAUGUACCUGCCGUAGGACAACAGGAUGUACCAGCUACAGGACAACACGAUAUACCUGCUGCAGGACAAGACGAUGUACCUGCCACAGGACAACACGAUGUACCUGCUGCAGGACAAGACGAUAUAACUGCAGCAGGACAACAGGAUGUACCUGCCGCAGGACAACAGGAUGUACCAGCUACAGGACAACACGAUAUACCUGCUGCAGGACAAGACAAUGUAACUGCAGCAGGACAAGAGGAUGUACCUGUUGCAGGACAACAGGAUGUACCAGCUACAGGACAACACGAUGUGCCUGCACCAGGACAAGACGAUGUAGCUGCCGCAGAAGUGGCAAAGCUUGACAUUACGACUGUCGCUAAUAAGGCGGUGGACUUCAUGCUGAAACUAUUUAAGACCACUAAGUCAAUUGUAGAUCGCCUCACACCCCUGGUCAUAAACGUGGAAAUCCCAUUUCCAAAAGGAAAAGUUUACGACUUCCAGCUGUACAACCUGCCAGAUCUGGAACGCAGAGGAGACAUCAACAUGUCACUGCAUCUCCUAUCUGGGAACGCCACUCUGGGUGGGGGUCUUGGCCUCACCAAGAUACUGGUCGGCUCAAAGUAUAGCUACAACCCCUUCUGGGGACUGGAGAUGUCGGGCGAUGUAGACGUCGAGAUAUAUGACGUCGCGGCUAGGAUGAGUUUCACCGUCAACAUUUUCAAGGUCAGAGGCCACUUCGAACUUCUCAAGUUUCAAGAGUUUGGCCAGGUGCGAGUGACCAGAUUCACCGGCGCAACAGAACUGUUCAACUGGCUUGGCGUUCUGAUAAUGAACAAAAUUAUACAAACUGGGAGCGACUUGAUAAGACAAAAAAUGGACGAGAAAGUAAAAGAAUACCUAACCGAAGUUCUGGAGUCAACCAAGCUUCCAAUAACAGUGAGCUGA